UCUUGCACGCUCAGGUUCAGCCGGAACGUGAUACUUUUUAGUGCGCGCAGCCGGUGUUUAUCGAUUUAUUAGACGUUAUAACGUCAAAAAAAUUGGUUAUUAUUUACAAGUGGGGUUAACCCCAUUUUGUCUUAUGUUUGGCCAUAGAAAAUUUUGAAGCCAUUAUUUGCAACAAGUGUUGAAUACGAAACAACGUGUUUUGUGUUUUUUUUUCUAAAAUUUAAUAAGAUUUAAUUGAUUUCCUUCAUAAUUUUCAGUCUGAUUUCAUUUUGUUCACCUCAAUAAACUGUUUUUCUCAAAGCAGCGGCAAAAAAGAACCGCUUACAAUCACACCAUGGCAGACCAACCUGACGAACCUAUGGAUGUCAUAGUUCUGCCACCACGAAUAUCGAAGGCACAGAAACAACGUGAGUACAGACAGCGUAUAGCAGCAUCCAGAACUUCUGCACAGGUGAUAGCUGCGAGGAAAUCGGAUGCCGAAAGACAGCGCAACCGCAGACUACGGAAAGCUGCUAACUUGGCUCGUAUCAGUAGUUCAUUGGAAUCGACUACUGCAUUAUCUUCUCAUUCAGGGGCAAGGUCAAACGACGUCCAAACUAGUGCUCAACGACAGCUCACACACCAACAACGUCGAACUUCAGCAGCAGAACCAGCACAAAUCACUGUUCAACCAGGUACUUCUUCUGAUCAAAUUGAAGUACAACAGGCACAAUCUACUUGGAACACCAAAUGGGCAUACUCGAUCAUGAGAUUUAAAUCAACUUUUCUAGACAACGAUUUUGGCUACGCUUGUUCGGUUUGCGACAGAUUGUGGUUCAAGAACGAACUCAAACCCAUCACUGCGGCACAGCUAGAGGUGAUCUCGAAAUGGUUCAUCAAAGAAAAUCGACUACUGUGCAGAGAAGAAUAUGAAAUAGUUUGCAACACUUGUAAACGUUCACUGAACAAAAAAUCUAUGCCGCCCCUAGCAAAAGUUAAUGGAUUCUCAUAUCCGGACAAACCACCAGGUCUACCACCGUUGGAUCCCAUCAGUGAACGAUCGAUAUCGCCACGUCUGCCAUUUAUGCAAGUGCGUCGUCUGCAGCAUGAUUUUUCAUAUGGAAUCAUAGGGCAAGUGAUUAACGUACCAGUAGACGUACAACAGAUGGUAACAUGUUUGCCGCGCCAAUUAAAUGAGCACGACGUCAUCAAUGUUAACAUCAAGCGAAACCUUGCCCACAAAUUGGUCUACAUCAACGAAUACAUGUCCAAAAGUACAAUCAGUGCGUGGCUAACUGUACUGCAGGAGUCUCCAUUAUAUAACAUGUACGAAAUCGACGUGGAUUUGUCGAGACUGCAUCCUACUGUGCCGUUUCUUGAUGACAUACAGGAUGAUCCGUCCGACCGUAUAGAAAACAUCUCUGCUGAAAACACACCUGAAUCUGAGAUUCUCGCUUCAAGACAACAUACCGUGAUGUGGAAUGAAGAAGAUUGUCUCAAUAACGCACUAGGACAUCAGGAAAUCAUUUAUGAUCGUCAUGCAGAAGAAUUGUCGUUUCCAUCGAUAUAUUUCGGAGAGCCACGUCAAUUCAACAUGGGAAUUUCAGUAACACCUUAUAUGAUAGCGAGCAGUGAAAUACGACGCCGUGACAGACGCGGAGCCACGCCUCAAAAAAUCUUGUACGUUGCAAUCAGAAUAUUGCGGCUGCGUAUGUUGAAUGGAAUUUACAGCACGUUUCGCAAUGUUCCGGUCACGGAUAAUGUGACGCGACAUAUGUUAGAGGACACAGAAUUUCUGAAAGAAUAUGUCAUACAAAACCUCGCAUUUAUGAAGACAGUACCAAACUCCGUCCAAUACUGGGCCUCUCGCAAACGAGACCUCUUUGCAAUGAUUCGUCAACUUGGUAAACCAACUGCCUUCCUUACUAUAAGUGCCAAUGAAAUACGCUGGAUGAAACUGCUCACUAUACUUCUCAAACUGAGCAAAAAAUAUCCUGAAAAAACAGCAAAAGAUCUCAACACUUCUGAGCGCUGUACUUUAGUAAGCGACGAUCCUGUUACGUGCUGUAUAUACUUCUACAAGCUCGUUGGUUCCUUGAUGAAAAUGCUGAAAUCUAAACAGUCUUACAAUCCGUUCGGCAAGUAUUUCGUUAAAGAUUACUUCCUUCGUAUUGAGUUCCAGCAUCAAGGAAGCCCAAACGCACAUAUUUUAUUGUGGUUGAACGACGACCCACGUGAGACUGUGUCGGAAAAUAUGCCAAGAACCAUCAAUCUCAUGGAAAAAUUAAGUUCGGUUGCUCGAGAUGAUGUGCCAAACAAUUCUGUCUACACCAACCAGAUACACAAACAUACUUUCACUUGCACAAAGCGAGGCGAGACAACUUGCAGAUUUGGGAUCCCGUACUGGCCUAUGAUCACGACCCGUGUACUGAUUCCGAUGCCUCAAUCUGAUGGACGCCGUCAAACGCUACAACAGAAGGCCAAGGAGCUGCGUGCCUCUCUCGGUGAACGUCGUUACACAUGCAUGGAUGAGUUUCUUAAUGCUAAUGAUUUGACUUACGUUUCAUACCUCGACGUUGUGCGUUCAACGUUGCGGAGAGCGACUCUGGUGUUGAAACGAAAUUUCGACGAACUUAUGACAAACACGUUCAAUCCGUACCUUGCCGGCGAAGUCAACUCUAACAUCGACAUUCAGUUCAUCUUGGAUGAGUACAGCUGCGCAGAGUAUGUCUCAGAGUAUGUAAAUAAAUCAGUCCGUGAAAUGAGUAACCUACGUCGUGAGCUUACCACGAUGAUGCAAGAGCAUCCCGAUCAGAACUACACAGGCCAAUUGAAAACGUUAAGUAUCAAACUGCUUAACUCAGUUGAGAUGUCAGCGCAAGAAGCAGCAUGGUAUCUACUACGACAACCAAUGGGUGAGGCAAGUCGUCAAAUUGUGUACAUCCCAACGGUGUUGCCGACAGAAAGACAAUGCCGCCGCAAGCGUCGUCAACAAAUGGAUCGCGAAGGCAUCGAUGGAGACAGCACUGAUGUUUGGACCAAAAACAUAAUACAGCGAUAUGAAGAACGACCUGCAUCUUUAGAACAAGUGUAUUUGGCUGAGUUUGCUUCGUGGUAUGCUAACGCUAGUGAUUUCGUUGACGAAGAAGACGACGUGUACGUGGAUGACGAUGAAGAUUCUGAAGAAGCUGUACCUGAAGCGAGGACGUCGAAAGCACCAAAAGAAUAUCGCAGACGACUGCUCGGACGAGUCAUACGAUACAGACGCUACGAUAUUGAUGAAACUGAAGAUUAUAAACGAGAGAUGGUUCUACUUUACGUACAGUUUCGCAACGAAAUGUCAGAGAUUGUUGAUCAAAAUAAAUUUUUGCAAUUAUUUGACGACAACAAACACACCAUCAUGGAACGCCAUAGCCUAUUCGAGACGAACUUAAACAUUGAAAACGCCAUGAAGGAACUUGAAGCGAUGACGAUUUUGCAAAAUGAUAAUAACAGCAAUUUGCAAGAAAAAGAAUCAAGAGCAGUGUAUGUCCAACAAUUGCUAAGAAAAGAUGGUGCCGAGAACGUCGAUGAUGUUAACCAAAUCGUCCCCCGACAAGAAUUCUCGAUUGUGAAGAAACGCAGUAUAGCGAGUUGCUAAGAACGACCAACCCAGAACAACGGGAGAUCAUUCUUGAGCUCAUACAUCGAUUAAAUGGUUGUAGAGAUGACACUUUUGAAACGCUACAAAUAUUCUUCACGGGUCCCGCGGACUGUAGAAAAAACUCUUAUCUACGGAGAAUUUCCAAGCGUACAGAAACAUGUUCGUUGGCGUCAAAGCUGUUUUCGUGGACGAGAUCAGUAUGUUAAGUUCAGCUACUCUC